AUGUCAAAAAACAAUUCAAAAUCUUAUAGUGCAACUUUUCUCUUCCUAGUGCUAAUCUCUUUAUUCUUACUAGAAAAUAAUAAUGCAGUUGUUUCAGCAUCACAGUGUGACCCUAGUGUAUUUAACUCGACAAGUGCUCCGCUGAAACAGGUCACAAAUGCUUCAUCUCAGAGUGUCACGAUUAGCGGAACUGUUAAUAUUAAAGACGGAUGCACUUUUACCGUGGAUAAAUUCAUUUAUUUUUUUGCGUUUCCUUCGUCAUAUUGGUAUGGUUCAAAUAGCAUCGACCCUGGAUCAGUAGCAGUGGCGAUUUCGGACACUUCAGUAAAACAAUACGAUAUUGCCACCCCGGUAGAUUUUAAACUCAAAGAUGGGUCUUCAUUCAGCGACUUCUCCGUGUUGAAAUUAAUCACCACACAAAACGACUUUGUGAUUGCUUACGCGGAGUUAAGACACAGUCCCACGGCACCACCUAAUUCCAACAAUUCAAACCAAAUUGGUUCUGGUGGGAAACCGAGUUCGGGUGCCUCUGUAAUCAUAGAUCGAAAUUUAAUAAAGUAUUUGAUGAUUGGAGUGUUGUUCGUGAUUUGGGGACAUUUCAAUCGUUUCAACUUGACAGAUCCAGCAAUUCUCGAGCAGAAUCGAAUAGCAUCACAGUUAGGACCAUGUCCAAAAGGAGGAUACCAUGAGUUGAGGUCUCAUUACACAAAUGGCACGCUAUUCUGGGCAUUUUGUCUUGGACUACCACGAUUUUGUGGAUAUUCGCGGAAAAAAACUGUGUGUAAAAAGUGUAAUGCCACCUUUGAGGGUGUUCAUUUCCCAGAGCCAGGACAUUCGGGGCCUUAUACCUCACCACCUCCUUCACAAAAACAACAACAGUAUUCGUCGUGA